CGGUUAUAAUAAACUUAUUAUAUAUCUUAUAUAAAUUAUCAGAAAUUUUGCAUUCUCUAAUUUUAUUUACAGUCCAUCUCCUGUUUGGCCAUCAUGUCGUUGGCUGAUGAACUAUUAGCAGAUUUGGAAGAGGCAGGUCAUGAUGAAGAGGUCAAGAAUGAAGUUGAGGAUGUCAGUGAUAUAUCGAUGCAGGUGGACACUAGUGGCGACUCUGUACAUGGUAUUGCCAAGCUAAUGAGUAGUGGCCAGUUGACAGAGACAAUCAAUGCAAUGAAGAUGUAUAUGAAUGCUGGCGAGGCUAGACUAGUGUCUGGUCCUGUGGAAGCAGACCCAGAGUACAGAGUGAUCGUCCAAGCAAAUAACCUAACUGUCGAAAUUGACAAUGAAAUAAAUAUAAUUCACAAAUUUGUGAGAGAUAAGUAUUCAAAGCGCUUCCCAGAACUGGAGUCUCUAGUCACCGCACCACUGGAUUAUAUUCUAACAGUAAAGGCAUUGGGAAACAACCUAGAUGCGGCAAAGAACAAUGAGAAACUUCUGGAAAUACUCACUAGUGCUACCAUCAUGGUCGUCAGCGUCACUGCUUCCACAACCCAAGGCACCGAACUUACCCACCAUGAACUGGAAAAGGUUGAAGAAGCAUGUGAUAUGGCAGUACGACUGAAUGAGUGUAAGCUGCAGAUCCUUGAAUAUGUGGAGUCACGGAUGUCUUUCAUUGCUCCAAAUGUCUCAAUAAUUGUAGGUGCUGCCACAGCUGCCAAACUAAUGGGCGCUGCAGGUGGUCUCACGAUUCUGUCGAAAAUGCCAGCCUGUAAUAUCCUAUUGGUUGGUUCUCAGAAGAGAACCCUGUCUGGGUUCUCCACGGUGGCUGUCUUGCCUCAUACCGGCUUCAUAUAUUAUUCACCGCUUGUUCAGGAUACACCUCCAGAUCUUAGAAGAAAAGCUGCAAGGUUGGUGUCCGCAAAGUGUGCUAUGGCAGCUCGUGUUGAUGCAUGCCAUGAAAGCUCCGAUGGAAAGAUUGGACACAUGCUUAAGGAAGAUAUUGAAAAGAAACUAGACAAGUUACAAGAACCUCCGCCCAUAAAGCAAAUCAAGGCUCUCCCUGCUCCGAUUGAACAGUCUAGGAAAAAGCGAGGUGGCAAACGAGUGAGAAGAAUGAAAGAGCGGCUAGGCGUGACAGAGUUACGUAAACAAGCAAACAGGAUGUCGUUUGGUGAUAUUGAGGAGGAUGCUUACCAGGAAGACCUAGGCUUCUCCUCCGGUGUUAUAGGGAAGGGUGGUCAUGGCCGAAUACGAGGUCCACAGAUUGAUGAGAAGACCCGUGUCCGAAUAUCAAAGACUCUAAAUAAAACGCUGACAAAGAAGUCUUAUGGUGGAGUGACGACCAUAGGCGGUCGAUCAACGAUAAGGGGAUCUGUAUCCGGAACAGCCUCCAGUGUUGCAUUCACCCCCCUGCAGGGAUUGGAGAUUAUAAACCCUGGUGCUGCAGAGAAAAAGAUGGACGAUGCAAAGUACUUUUCCUCGUCCUCUGGUUUCCUGAAGGUCAAGACACCACUACCUCAGCCAUGAUCUGUAAUUAGAUAACCAAGUUUCAAAUGCCCUCCUCUGCAUCUUGGUAUUUUUAACACAUUGGAGAGAACUGCACUAGCAGUAAAUUUGAUUAAAUGUGUGUUCUCGCUUUGAUUAGAACGAGGGAGAUGAGUUAGAGAGUUAGUUAGAGGGGCCGAGAAGCGGCGGGUGAGUGUGUAUAAGAGAGAGGGAGAGGGAGAGUGCGAGGUGGAGAGAUAUAGAGUGAGUGAUUGAAAGCAAUAGAGAGCUAUAUAGACUCAGUUUGAUAGUCACCCUUAGUGUCUCGUUUGGAAAAUACGUUUGUUGUUCAUGCGUCUGUCUAAAUUGCAUUUGCACAGCCCCGUACGAUGUCAUAACUGUUACUGGCAACAGGCCCCUGGAGAUGUUGGAAUUGAUCUGGAGAGAUCUAAGUAGAACUUUUGAUAAGUGAUUGUUAUUUCUGUCGCUGUUGUACAACGGUCGUGAUGCCAGACUAAUGAUCAUUGAGAAUUUAUAACCUUGAUGCCAGUGGCAUUCAUGUGAAUUAUGUAACAAUAUAGAUGUCUGUUAGCUAUGAAGAUAUUCAGCUGCACUAUUAAUAGUCUGUUGUAUGUUAAAAUUUAUCCCUCCGCAAUUGGCAUGUUCCAUAGUGGAGUAUUUAGAUGGGAUGUAUUACGCAUAUAUGCUUUGCAGAGAAAAAUUUAAUGAUGUAUGUACAUGCGUUUGAUCAAUAAAAGAAUGUUCUUUGCUAACUGAUUACACAUUCAACAAACA